AUGUUGCCCAUCAAAGCACUUGUUUGUUUCCUGUGUGCGACUGCUGUUGCCGGUCAGAAGCCGUUCUUCCUUAAUUUGGAUGAUGCAGAAUCACCUCACUUCCAGAAACCGGAUCCUCCUGCCGUCCAGGAACCAGCAGUGGUCCCACAAGAGCAGCAGUCUUUCCAAGAACCAUUUUCCUGGAAGUAUCCUGAGCCACCGGCAGAGGAGGCCCCUCGGUUCCCUCCAGACUUUCAGCUGAAGACCCCUGAGCCCGCUGCCAGUGUCACUGCCGUGUGCGGGGAAAACUCUGUCCGCGUGGAGGCUAACAGGGACCUGCUGGGGAUCGGGCAGCUGGUGCAGCCUUCUGACGUGACUCUGGGAGGAUGCCCGGCCAUAGGAGAGGUUCCGGAGACUCAGGUCCUGGUGUUUGAGUCAGAGCUGCACCAGUGCAACAGCCAGCUUCAGAUGACAGAAGACACUUUCACCUACACCUUUGUGCUGCACUACAGUCCCAGCAAGCUCGGAAACAGUCCGAUCGUCCGGACUAGUGACGUGAGCGUCACCAUACAGUGUCAUUACCAAAGGAAGCACAGUGUGAGCGUUGGGAAGUUGACGCCAGACUGGAUCUCGUUCAGUGAAAUAAAGAGUUCAGAGGAAAAUCUUUACUUCUCUCUUCGGCUUUUGACUGAUGAUUUGCAGUUUGCACGCCCCUCCGGUCAGUUCAUCCUCGGGGACAUGAUGAAGUUCGAGGCGUCAGUCAAGCAGUUUCACCACACCCCCCUCAGAGUGACUGUGGACAGCUGCGUGGCCACGCUGGUCCCCAAUCCAGACACUGUCCCUCGAUACACAUUCCUGGGCAACAGUGGGUGUCUGUAUGACAGUCAGCUGACUGGCUCCAGCUCUCAGUUCCUUCCUCGCGCUCAGGAUGACAGAUUAAUGUUCCAGUUGGAAGCCUUCAGGUUCCAGCAGGACUCCGUUGGACAGAUGUACAUCACCUGCAGUCUCAGAGCGACGACGGCAGGAGCUCCUGUCGAUUCCACCACCAAGGCCUGCUCCUUUAUCAACGGGUGGCGGGAGGCCAGUGGCGUUCACGACGCCUGUUCCUGCUGUGAUGCCGACUGUGGGGCAGGACUCAGUCAGGUGACAGGCAACACAGACACACUGUGGAAGCAGAACGCUUACAUCGGGCCAAUCACAGUAAAGGAGAAGCCUCUCUGA